AUGAAAUAUAAUAAUAUCAGUGCAUCGGAAUUUGUCCGGCAGUUGAAGGCUGAAUAUGGCGAGAAAAAGAUGAAGCUUGAUAUGGAAGAUGGAACGGUGUCUAAUAUAGACUACGGGUCGAACGACAACUUGACAAAUUUAGAUACAGAUUACUCCUCAGGGUCAGAAAGUGGUAGAGAUGACGACAUUGGGAUAUACGAGAGUGUAAAGCUAUCAUUACAGUUCAUAAUGCUUUGGUUUUCGGCGAAUUUGGUGACUAAUUCUUCAUUAUCGUAUACUUCGGUUGCAUCCCAGACAAUUCUUUCUUCAACUUCGUCGUUUUUCACCUUAAUUAUUGGGUUUUUGUAUUCGAUAGAAAAAAUCAACCAAAAUAAGAUUGUCGGCAUACUUUUGAGUUUCACGGGGGUUUUGAUUAUUACUAAAAUAGACACAUCUUCUAGCAACCCUUCUGAUUCAAAUGCCGUUAUUUUGGCAGGAAACUUACUUGCAUUACUGGGUGCUUUGAUAUACGGACUUUACACGAUUUUGCUUAAAUUUAAAAUUAUGAUCAAAAAUUCAACUAGAGAAAGAAACCUAGAUACUCAUUUAUUUUUCGGAUUUGUUGGAAUAUUUAACACUCUUUUAUUAUGGCCCAUCUUGAUUUUACUUCAUUUUACAGAUAUUGAAAAGUUCGAAUUACCUUCGAAUAAUAGGACUAUAAGCUUGCUAUUAGCCAACGCACUUAUUACAUUCAUUAGCGAUUUUUGUUGGUGUAAAGCAGUUUUGUUGACAAGUCCAUUGACCGUUACUGUGGGUUUAUCAAUGACAAUUCCACUAGCCAUGGUUGGCGAUUGGGUACUCAAAGGCUUUUCAGUGAACUGGUGGUACUUGUUUGGAGCCUUUAUUGUAACAGUUGGAUUUUUAAUCAUCAAUAAAGACGAAAAGGAGGACUUUGUCAGCAACCGUGAAACUCAUGAUGAAAGUCAAUAA